AUGCGAUUUGUUUCGUCGCUGAUCCUGGCCGCUUCGGUCGCGGCACAGGUUCUCCGCCCUCAAGGAGUAUCCUUAAGUCUGGAUGGGAUUGACUAUUUUGUGCCACCUACAGCACAAGAGGAACUCCCAGCCAAUGCCAUCCAAUCAGUCAAGAGCUUAAAUGCUUUUGUAUUUGUUCCCGUCACAGUAGUUAGCAGCAAGGUCGUGCACAAUGAUCUGCGCAACCUGUUUUCGGACUGGAGACACAAAGACGACGUUUGGCAACCCGGUUUCUUACAAGCAGUUGUUCUUACAAAUACCCCCAACUGCAAACCAAAGGACACGAGCUUUCAUAUUGGUAUCCAGUCCAUUGUCUCAUGCUUGGACUCAGCUCGCCAUGUUCCCUCCGGUCCUUAUUUCUUGAACACAAAUAGCGGGGAACUCCACCGGGCGUAUCGACUCUACGAUGACUUUUCUGGAACUUUUAUGGAGUCUCUUCUUCAGCUACCAGACGGAGCCUUCCAGACUCUUUCGUCACACGCCCGAAGCAGCAGUUCCCUCACUAUCGGGGUUCCGUCACGCCUGUACUUUACUCGCACAAAAGACAAGCCCUUGGCAGGUAUUCGCGUUGGAGUCAAGGAUCUGUAUGACCUUGCUGGCGUUAAAAGCUCCCGAGGAAACCGUGCCUGGUAUAACCUCUAUCCUGCGGCGAACAAGACAGCGCUAGCUAUCCAGAACCUGAUUGAUGCUGGUGCAGUCAUUGUCGGCACACAGAAGCUUUCCCAAUUUGCUAAUGGUGAGGCUCCAACGGCGGAUUGGGUGUCUUAUCAUGCGCCUUUCAACCCCCGCGGAGAUGGCUAUCAGGACCCUUCUUCAUCCUCAUCGGGUUCAGGAGCCUCGGUGGCAUCUUACGAGUGGCUGGACCUCGCAGUUGGAAGCGACACUGGAGGUUCUAUUCGUGGACCUGCUGGUAAUACCGGAGUGUUUGGCAACAGGCCAACGCAUGGCCUUGUCUCUCUGGAACAUGUUAUGCCUCUUUCGCCUACCAUGGAUACCGCAGGAUUUCUGGCUCGCGAUCCAUACAUCUGGGGAGCAGCUCAAGCCGCGAUGUAUGGUGUUAACUACACCACCUAUACUGAGAAAAAGAUGACAUACCCGAAGACCAUUUACGCUCUCAAUUUUCCUGCCAACAACACUCCCAAUGGCGCCAUUUUGCACCGGUUUGCUAACGAUCUCGCUGACUACCUCAAUACGCAUGUUACCGAGUAUGAUAUCGAUGAGCACUGGGCUUAUGCAGGACCAAAGGCCGUUCGAGAUUUGCCUUUGACUGAUUUCUUGAACUUGACGUAUUCAGCCCUCAUCACCAAAGAGCAGAUUUCUCUACUGAAGAAGCCAUUCUUCAAGGACUACGCUGCUGCUCAUGAUGGUCGUACUCCAUACAUCGACCCCUCUCCCCGCGUCCGCUGGGCAUGGGGUGAAAGUCAACCAGAUUCAAUUCUCGAUGAUGCCAAGAAGAACAAAACUCUUUUCAUGGACUGGUUCAACGAAAAGGUUCUCCCUAAAGACAAGGAUCCCAAGAAAUGUUCUUCUGCCAUCCUUCUUAACCCUGAAAGCACUGGAACUCUACUGCGACGAGACAUUUAUCGUGACCCCCCUAAAGUGCCGUUUGGAUGGAGUCUGAACAAGAUGUCGAUCUUCAGUGAAGCACCAGACAGCGUCUACCCUCUUGGAGAACUGUCAUCUUUCAGCGAAAUAACCAGGCACAACGAAAGUCUGCCGGUCACUGUUGACAUCAUGGUCGCGCGAGGAUGCGAUGGUCUCAUUCCCAGGCUUGCUCAGGAUCUUGUCAAGAUUGGUGUCCUUGAAAUUCCCAAGACGGGCAGAAGCAUGGCUGGAGGAGCAGUCUUAUUUUAG